GUUUGCGGGGUCACUUCGGCAGGCGCCCUCUUAGCCCUCGCCUGUUCCUUCUUGUAGCCUAGCUGGCUUGGGUGCCCUUGGCCUUCUCUCCAAGCUCCCCAGCUGCUGAGCGUUUUGCCGGCGACAUGGUGACGAUGGAGGAACUGCGGGAGAUGGACUGCAGCGUGCUCAAAAGGCUGAUGAACCGAGAUGAGAACGGCGGUGGCGGCGGCGGCGCGGGCAGCAGCGGCAGCCACGGCGCCCUGGGGCUGCCGAGCGGCGGCAAGUGCCUGCUGCUAGACUGCAGGCCGUUUCUGGCUCACAGCGCGGGCUACAUCCGAGGCUCGGUGAACGUGCGCUGCAAUACCAUCGUGCGGCGGAGAGCCAAGGGCUCGGUGAGCCUGGAGCAGAUUCUGCCCGCCGAGGAAGAGGUGCGCGCCCGCUUGCGCUCUGGCCUCUACUCGGCUGUCAUCGUCUACGACGAGCGAAGCCCGCGCGCCGAGAGUCUCCGGGAGGACAGCACGGUGUCGCUGGUCGUGCAGGCGUUGCGCCGGAACGCGGAGCGCACAGACAUCUGCCUGCUUAAAGGUGGCUAUGAGAGGUUUUCUUCUGAGUAUCCAGAAUUCUGCUCUAAAACCAAGGCCCUGGCCGCCAUCCCACCUCCCAUACCCCCCAGCACCAAUGAGUCCUUGGACCUGGGCUGCGGCUCCUGUGGGACUCCACUGCAUGACCAGGGGGGUCCUGUGGAGAUCCUCCCUUUCCUCUACCUCGGCAGUGCCUACCAUGCUGCCCGCAGGGACAUGCUCGACGCCCUGGGGAUCACAGCCCUACUGAAUGUCUCCUCAGACUGUCCCAAUCACUUUGAGGGACAUUACCAGUACAAGUGCAUCCCGGUAGAAGACAACCACAAGGCUGACAUCAGCUCCUGGUUCAUGGAAGCCAUCGAGUACAUCGACGCAGUGAAGGACUGCCGAGGGCGAGUGCUGGUUCACUGCCAGGCCGGCAUCUCUAGAUCAGCCACCAUCUGCCUGGCUUACCUGAUGAUGAAGAAGAGGGUGAGGCUGGAGGAGGCUUUCGAAUUCGUCAAGCAGCGCCGUAGCAUCAUCUCGCCCAACUUCAGCUUCAUGGGCCAGUUGCUGCAGUUCGAGUCUCAGGUGCUCACCACGACCUGCGCCGCAGAGGCCGCCAGCCCUUCCGGGCCCCUGCGGGAGAGGGGCAAGGCCACUCCCACCCCCACCUCGCAGUUCGUCUUCAGCUUCCCUGUGUCCGUGGGUGUGCACGCGGCCCCCAGUAACCUGCCGUACCUGCACAGCCCCAUCACCACCUCUCCCAGCUGUUAGGACUAGUCUCCAGACACCAAGUCCAGAGUCGGCCCCCAGCCAGUGUGCAAAUCACAUGGGAGCAGCGAAUAGGGACUGACCAGUGGGGGACCAGGUGACCAUGCUCCGUCCCCAUCCCUUUCUCCUUGGCCAACCACAGGGCCAGCUAGAAUGGCAAUAACGACUUUGAAUAUACAUUAAAAACAAACACAACUAAAUACUCCAACAUAGAGCAAUAACGGUAGCUUCUGCUGCCAGGAAGACUUGGUUUAUGUGUCAGUUUUUACUUUGCAGGUAGAAAUUUACCUCAUUAUUAUUAUUAUUAUUUUUUAAAGCAAUCAAGCUUGAAAGUUAUGAAACCCACAGAUCCUGGCAAAUGUGUCCAACCAAUUUUAUUAAGUGGAGAGGGAAAGAAAAAGAGGAGAAAAAAAGUUUGCCAGAAAAGUGCUUGGUUCUGUGUGUUUGUUCUUCUAUUGUUGAGCUCACAGGAAUUUUGUUCUAGAUCCUUCUAGGCCACAGUAUUCUAAUUAGUCGUCAACUGGAUACUUAAUGUUUAGCGAGUAUUGAGAAUCUCAGCACGUGUGUGCAGGAGUCUGGUGACGUUGGGAUUUAUUUCUGAUGAGGUCACACAGUCGAGCAUAGAAACACACAGGUGUGCUGUCAGUGAGGGGGUAGGUGGUCACCAUGGUCACCAUCUUGCAUUGUUGCCACUGAGAAGCAGGCAGGCUGACCCGCAAGGAUAAAGGUCUAUGGUUGGUCACUUUUGCAGCUGGCUCCUGGGCCCACUGACCCAGCCAUGUCCUCAAAUUUCUCUCCAGUGGUUCUUUUGGCUGUGAAUAGAGUGUUUUCUUCCCACUUGGCUUAGGAUCUGGAUACUGUCUGUGGUAAAUGCCAUCUUUUUUAAGGUGCUCCUGGAAAACUGGGUGCAAUUCAGAUUUUUUCUGCCGUGAAUCAUUUGGUAAGGCCAGAUCAGAACCAGAUCACUGAGGAUGAACUAAGUGAAUCUCCUCCCUCUCUUGGAUAAAUCGGGCGUUUCAGUUUUAGGAGUUUACUUGAAGUAUACAUACCAAGAGGUUCUUGUUACGAAAUCCCUGUCAAGUGAAUACUUUGAAAAGCCCUCCCUCUUUUGAAUAUGAAGAUACGCUUAUGCCUGACUUGGGGCUCCUUAAAGUCUGGAGAGAACAGAGGGUGGGGGGCUGCAUGCCAGCUCCUGUAUUACUGAUACCAGGUGAUUCAGGAGUCACGUUGGGUUCUGACUGGGCUAACACCAUUUUAAAGGAGCCUUUCCAAGCGGCACAAUGGCUUUGGAGGAGUAAGUGUGUUUCUAGGGGGAAGGUGCAGGGUGGGGAGGGAACCUAUUUUGUUUGUGGUUUUGGGUGACAGUUUUGUGAUGGCAUGCCAGAAGAGAGUCACUGAAGACUUCGCAGAAAUGAGCAUGCCCCCUCCCCCACACCUUGAGCAUAAAUAUAACUUCAAACCUCCAUGUCACAUCGUGAGGGAAUGCUCCUUCUCAUCCAGAAUCCCAGACAGCCCGGGUUCAUGGUUUUUCCGUCCAUGAAAUGUGAACCCGUGUUGGCAUGACUUGUAUGGGGUGACCUGUGUCAAACUCUGCCUUUGGGUGAGAAGUGAGGAGUGCCCUGCUUGCUCCACUGACUGCCACGUGGCUGAAGGCACAGAGGGGCUGAGAUCCCCGACAGUGGACUGCCUAUGCCUAUUUGGAUGGUCGUACAUUUUUGCUCCCUGCUUCUUGGCAGCUGUUUCACGUUUGGUGAAGAAUUUGAUUAAAUGAGUUUUUGUAGGUAGACAAGUCCUGGGUUCCAAGAAUGUAAAGAGCAUCUGGAGACCAGAUAGUCUUUAGACUGCAUUCACGUUCUGUAUGAGUGUUUGCCAAAUGUGUCCUAGUUCUCGAACUGGAUCCCAACUACACAGGCAGUGGGAGCUCCAAAUGUCCCUUCUCUGUUUCCUAAUUCAAGCCUCCUAUGACAGUGUCAAGGGCCUACUUAUAAAGUCAUUUCCUUUGUACUUGAUAACAGCAUGAGACCCAAAACUCUUAGAAAAUAGGAUACUGGUUUGAUUGAAAAAAAAGGGGGGGGGCCACACUUUUAAAAAAGUUCUCCAGAAACUUCUUGGAUGGCUUGCAAUAGCUCUAAUGAGGACCCUGUCAUCCCUAAUGGUUUGUUUCAAAAGACAAUAUUCCAUCCAUAAGCUGAUUUCUGGUGAUGGGGAGUUUUGGAAUGUCAGAAAGCUGUUGAAUAUUUGCCCGAGAAUGAGGAACGUUCAGUUCUCCCGGGGGUUGGGGUGGGACGGGACAUCUUUGCUCCAUCCUCCACGGUGUUUGUGGGACUGAGGACUGAAGCACAGGUGAGCAGGUGACUAGCAGCUCUCAGCUCCGUUCUCCCCUGAGACCUCAUGCUCUGGUUCUUGGCUUUCAGUAAGGCUGGAGAAGCCAAGGGAAGGAAUUGAGAGACCUUGGGAAGGUGGCAGAAGAAAGGGAAGAUUUAAUAGCUGAUCCCCAAGGGGAAGGGACUGGGCGAUGGCCAAGAAAGCCUAUGGCAGUGAUAACAAUAGUUCAUAUGUGUUCAUCAUAAUCACCUGGGUAGCCUUUAAACUCAUAUCUAGGUGACCCUUGACCAAAUGAACCAGGACUUGUGUGGGUGGGACCCAGACACCUAUACGUUACAGUGUUCCUACGCACUUUCACUGGUGCCGCCAAGUCCUGGAGACACCAUUGCUUUGGGAUGGUGAAAGCCAGGUCUUGCUAGCACAGAGCUAGCUUGUGAAACAGAUGUUACAGUAGGGCUUUGUAACAGGGUCAGUGUGGUCCCACUCUGCACAGCCAGCUGAGGGGUGGGGUGUUUUUAUUUUCUUUUUUUUUUGCGGUGAGCCCCUGAAUGGGAACAAUUUGUGGAGCAUUGUGAGUGAGCUUAAUAUAGACAGUGUCUGGGUGUUGAUGUUUUCCUUAAACUUUGUCUGCAAGAAAGAUGGAGGAAGUAUGUAUCUGUUUCGAAGUCCUUCUUCUAGUGCCCCACCCUUCCUUAGAACUCAAGAAUCAUUCAAGGGACUUCAGAAAGAUAACAAUGCAAUACUUGUACCUUGUGCAAAUAGCCCCAUCUCUCUG